UUUCUUGCGUCUGACAUCUACCAAUUUUCUACUCCGUACACACUCGCGCGGGAUUGCGUCUGAUGUCCUGAUGCACCUUACAUUAACGAGCUUGUCAAAAAGCUUUAAUUGCGGACUGAUCUAAUUGGCCCGAUAUGAUGUCCCGCAUACCAGAAGCCCACGUUAGAUGCAAACCAAAUGGGUGACCAUCGAACAAACACCCUGCAAUACGGGCAUUUGGGCAGUGCUACUUAUCUACCCGAUAUACAAGUAUGGGAAUUUUCACGCAAGAUCGAUAAAGAGCCUUCUCUCGUGUUCUACGGCCAUGUUAAAUGCGCCUUCCCAGCUCCAGCAACACCCGGCGCUCGGAUUGAAAUCCAGGAUAGCGACAGGCUGUUAACUAACAAAGAUGAAGAUGCUUUGCUGAAAGUUAGGCCGGAGCUGGCUCCGGGUUUGGGCCUCCUUCGCCGACAUGAGGCUUCAUCUCGGGCUAUCACCGCUGCAGUGGCCAAGUUUGACCCUCAAGUUUCCAACCUCCUGGCCAUUGGGAAUGCGAUCAACCUUGACCGACGUGGCGGCAGAGGUGAUUCCACUGUUCCAAUAGCAGUUCUUGUCUGUGGUGACUCCGCUGCGUCUAUUCAGCUUGUGGAAUUGGAUGAUGAGGGAAUCGCAUGGCCCCCGGACAGUGAUGGCCUGGUGAAAGUCCCUACUCUCCACAGCCGGCAGAAGGCACUGUGGAUGGGGACUGCUGGGCCUGUGCAACAAAUAUGUUUUGCGGAAACUGUGGAUGAAAAGAGUACAUGGUUGGCCGUGCGAUUUUUACAGUCCAGUAUUGUCUUCCGCCCUCAGCGGAACAAGCUUCCAAUUUCUGUCCACUAUGACGAUAUGGAUUUCAUGCGAGAAAACCUAGAAGAUACUCGUUUAGAUGCUAACCCGGUUCUGGAAAUUCCCAUCUCCAGCACCGGUGGAGUCCCGCAUGCUGACAUCACAUUUAAUCCAUGGUAUCAACAACAGAUAGCGGUUGUCGAUCGCUUGGGGAAUUGGACUAUUUGGGAUAUAGGGAAGCAACGCCAGAGCACUUAUUGGCACGCAGACCCCGGUCCAUCUGGUAGGUUGGACGGUGAACGCACCAAAAGAGAUCAUUACGAUGGAUGGGCUGCGAUUUCAUGGGUGGGAAAUGUUCAUAAGUUGCUGGUCUGCGAUAGGCGGAAUAUUGCUUUGUAUCGAAUAGAGACUGAUCCCAUGCAGCACUACGCCGUUGACGUUAACAUUCAGCAGGAGUCUGAGUGGAUUCUGGACAUUAAAAGGAGCCAGUCGAAUCUUUCAAAUAUAUUUGUUCUCACAACGACGCAAAUACUUUGGCUACAUGUUAAUUCCGAUGAUUUCUCAUCGUCCAGCCAGCGAGGAGAUGGCCAGGAAAUAACCGUUCUACUCUCUUGGCGCCAUUUCAGGGACCCAGAAGAUACCAGCCUUCAAUUGGCUCCAGUGCUGAUCCAAAAUUCUUUGUCCCUCAUUAUAUACUCGCAACUGAACAAUAUGGCACAAGUCUUCCGUUUUGCUUUUUCUCCAGACGACCCAUCGAUUCCAUUAUCAGUCGCCGAUCCGUUCUUCCUUCCGCUGCCUACUAGUAACAACCGUGAUCCGAAAGCGCUGGAACCUUCGCCAGAGGGCGUUUACUUUUCGUCUUUGAUUUUUCAGCAAAUUGUAAACUCCAUCGUUACCGACCCCACCAAUGGCAGCAAAACCCUCACCCUCGUCAAAUUUAUUGGCCAGCACUCUAAUUUGGAAGUUAUUGAGUCCUUAUACGUGGCGAAGGCGGAUGGUGGGGAUGAAACUUACGAGCAGUUUAGCUCGACUCCCCCACAGGUGAAAACGGAGAAAAGUUCAAAGUUGGUUGAUGAUGAUGAUGAUUUCAUAGUGGAUGAUUUGAAUGCGGUAGUACUGCCACCGUACGCGGGGAGGAGAUAUUGGAAUAGAAGUCGAAAUAGCCGGGAACAACUAAUACGUGCUUCUCCCUAUGGUGAGAACUGGGUUGAUCUGUAUGAGUUGGCUUCCUCCGCUGUUACUGAGCAAAUAGGAAACAGAGGGAGGUCAACCAUGUCUGAGAAGGGAUCCCAAACGUUCAACAAUUGGUUGGAGGACUUGACUGCCAACUUUGAGGAAUUAGUCUUGGGUGAUUCAGCAUUAUCAUCGAACUCCAGAACAAUGCUUGAUAUCCUCCCAUCCUCUCCAUUUUUGGAUGACAUUGAUCGAAGUACUCACGAUUUUGAUCGAUUUGUGACGCGUCUGGAGGAUCCUGUGCAAAAUAUGCUACCCCUUGGAUACGAAAUCACUCAUCUACCGAUGUCAUAUUACCCACCCUCGAACAUCUCAAUACCCGAUACUGGUUCCCGCAGGAUGAUACCCACUAACAUCACUAAACUCUACGACUCCCUUGUCCGCGACUGGCUCUUCCCUCUCCCGGGCGACUUCCCAAACAAGAUCCGAAUGGCCAAAGAAAAAAACAUACGAAACAUCGUCAUGCAACUGAUACUCUCAAGAAUCGUUCUAACUAGACGUUCGAUUCCCGAACCACACGAUCCUGGUCUCUGUCUCUCCGAGACUGCCGAAGAAGACCUUUCUUCUUCCCAUCCGUCCUCGUCGGCCCCGUGGCCCAGCCAAGCACCAUUAUUUACUCAAUCGCAAAACCCUACAGUUACCACCACCUCCUCUGGUGGACAGAAGGAGCUGGAGCAAUCUAGCUUCUUACAACCAUCGUCUCAAAAUACAACCGCAACCACAGCUACAACCAUGACCCCAUACGCAACCCUCCGCCUCUACACCUCCUUAAAACAACCCGACCAACCCCGCCUCCCUCGCCGCAUUUCUGACAUCCUCUCACACUGGAAACUCGGCACAAACCCCUCAGCCUACGACUGGCAAGCGACGGUCCGCACGCUCCGUGACGAAGAGGAGCAGGAGACCGAAAGCCAAUCGGCCAGUCGACGGCGAAAAAGACGCGAGGCGAGGCGGUUACAGAGACGUCAGCAGCAGCAAUCGCAACAGAGCUAUCUACCGUCUUCAUCUGCUACUGCUACUGCUCCUGCUUCUACCCCCACUCUUGCUUCUGUUUCUUCUAUUCCUACCCCUUCAGCUUCGCAGGUGCCGGUUGUGCGGAUGUGGGGGAGUCAGCAACAGCAGCAGUCGAGCCGGGGGAUGGGUCAAGGGUCAUUUUUGGGACCGGGGACGGACAGGGGCGCGGUUACGAGCUCACAGAUGAUGGUAUGGAGUAGCCAAGUUACGGAGGAAGCGGAUGUGCCGAUGACACAGGUUGAGAGUGGGGUGUUUGCGGGUAGAAACGCGAGUAGUAGGAGGGUUGCGAAGGAGAGGAAGAAGAAGAGGGCGGCCGGGUUUUAAGUCGGAAGCAGGAUCUUUCAUGGGUUAGUUACAUUGGACGAUUUUUUUUCUUUUUUUUCUUAAGGAUCGGCGAUUGUCGACCCCCUAUUUGAGAGUGGUGUGAAUUGCACACUUUUUUUCUUUUUCUCACCCUUGUCGUAGUUAAUUACUAUGUUGAAUCCGCUUUAUCGUUAACGAUAUAAACGUGCACAGUUAAUCAUUUCGUUAAUCAUUUCUAACCUAUAUGUAUAAAAAACCCCAUCCAAGAAUAUUUGCAAGUUGUCUUAUUUCCACCUCUCGACUCAUCACCGUAUUAAUCAACCCGGGAGAAUCCGUAGGCAGCCAGAGGCUAACGUGCCUAAAAGCAAGAACGCACCCAAGCAAGAAACAACCAGCAAGGAAUACAAAGUAAUGUAAAAUCAAUAUAACCAAUGCGGAAAAAUAAUAUCAACAGGGAAAAACCCGCAUGAAUGUAAAUACAUAAUGAAAGCCCUUCCUACCCGGGCAUUUCCCCGCUUCCCAACCUCUCUCCAUCCGCCCCCGCCUCCACCCCGCCGCCGGGCGUGGCUAUCCCACCAACUCUCCUGUCCCAAUCCGUUCCACCCGCCCACUCACCCACUCGCUCCUUUCUGGGGAAGUAAAGUCCUCGCAAAAAUCACUUUAGGUCUCGGAACAAGGAUUGUACGGCGCAUAUAUAGGUGUGUGCGCGGGCGCUUUCGGCCGUGGGAGCGAGGACUUCCGGCGACAGGCCGUAAAGGAUGGUAGUAAUUAUAACGAUAAUGAUCUUGAGAAUACAGCUCUGUUGUACUAUAUAUCCAAGGCUAGAAGCUAUGCCAUAAAUUUAUGCAUGCAUAUGUAAGUAGUGAAUAUAUGCAUGGUUAGUGUGGGCCAUGCAUGUAAGUUAUUGUAUUUGACGUUUUCCCUUUGACCUGAAAGGGAAACGACGACUCCGUGA